GCAGCAGCAGCAGCAGUAGUAGCAUCGCCAUCGGCAGUGCCAGCAGCAGUGCCAGGAACACUGACUGGGGCAGUAUUGGCUGGAGCAGCAGUGAUACCGACAGUGACCAGGUCUUCAGCGUGCAACUUGCGACGAAAGCAGGGAAGACUUCUGCUCUCCAAAGGAUAUGGAAAGUGGUGGAGGAGGGCCUAGGGGAAGAGACAAAACUACAAGACACACUGAUGAGGAAGACUGUGUUGUGGCCUGUCCAGUUGUUCUGCGGCAACUCUGUGCUCAAAUAAGAGUUCAGUCAAGAAGCAGAGGGAAAAAGACUUCCAUUAACCUUCAGACCAUACACAACCUCCUCUCCUCUCGUCCUUACUGGAGAAGGUGCCUGUGCUCACCAAGUGCUCUCCCAGCUAUCACAGAGAAGGAGCUGGUACUCCUUCUCUCCCUUACUCCAUCCCAUCGAUUCAUUGUCCUUGUUGUUACCAACUCUGCUGACAGUCUUGGAACUGUGGUAGUGGGUGGUGAAUCCCUUAUUGAGGCUGUUUACACAGCUCAGAAUCUGCCAGGACUUCGCCCAUGUCUGCAGAGCCCUAGCAAGCCAUCAAUAGCUUUCAUUAAGUACCAACUUACCAAGCCAAAAUCCAAGAGGAAGAAUGAUAGAAAAGCAGUGCCAAGCACCAUUCUCAACAAUGGUCAGGUCAAAGUUGGUAUGGUUCUGAUCUACCAGAAGACAAAGAUGUUGUAUGCUGGAUUUCCUCUUGCCAGCUACGGGUGCAGUAAACAAGACUUCCUGACAUUUAUAUCAAAACACACACAAUACGAUUUCUGCCUUCGCACUCCAGAAGUCGAACAGACUUCAAGAUCUGAAUCACCUGAGCCUGGUGAAAACAUCUUGGAAGACUCAUCAGAAGGGAACACAUCAUGAAAACCAGGUGUGAUCCAGCAUGACAAGUUCCUAAAUUAGAAAGUAUGUGUACAAUCUGUCAUGAACACUUAUGUACUGAACUGAGAGAUAACUUUUAGUGAUUAUUUGGGGAGAUAACUUUUAGUGAUUAUUUCACCCAAACCAAAUUACUGUACCUGUUCUCAAAUGCAAGACUUGAAACUUUGUUCUGAUUUCUUAAGAUUUUAGUCAGGCUCCUGGAAUCAACUUCAGACUAAGCCCCAGUAAAAUACUAAAUGCCCCAACCAAGAUUACAAAUUACAGCCUAGCAAAUAUGGCUAUUGCACAGCACCGUUAGUCGAUUCAUUAAAUCUAUAUGGUUGUUUUUUAUUAAACUGUAUUUGUUGUGUAACCUUAAAAACUCUCCCUAAAUACUAAUCCUGAUGAAUUCCAUUUAUUUACUGAUCAUUAGAUAUUUUCAUGAGAUCACUGAAUCACAACCGAAGGGUCUAACAGGGUUUGCUCGAAUUGCUUGUUGUUAUAUGUUAGGUGGAAAUUACAGCAAGAUGAAGUUGAAGAUAAACAGCUAGGAAGAAAGAGGCAAGUGAGAUGGAUGGAAAGUUUCCUGGUAUACACAGUCGUUACAAAUAAAAAUUUCAGUAACUAUUUCAGAUACACAGCAUGCUAGCCAGGAUUUGUAAACGUGAAAGUAAUAGCACAGAAAAUAUCAUUGAGAAUGAUGGACAACCAAAAUAAAUCCUACAAAAAUUAGCCCAUAUCUCAGAAAUUAUUUUAAACUAAAAAUAUAGUGAUUACUGAAACCUCAACUUUUUAUUACUCUUUUCUUUUCAAAAGGUAAUCUUCAAGGGCCAAACAAUUCAAAUCUUCAUCUAAACCUAUCUCAGUAUCUGCCAAAUUAUAUGUCUUAGACACAUGUUUCAAGAUAUCACAUGCAAUCAUUCACAUUACAGUUUCCCCUCUGAUAAUACACAUGAUUUUUUUUACCGACAAUCGCCAUUGCCUACAAAAUCAUGUUCAAAAUAAUGCAGGCAGAAAGGGUUUUAAAAUAAUGCAAUACCAUUGUUACUAUACAACAGGAUUAAUAGUACUACUGUAUUGCUAUUUUUAAAAUAAUUACAGCUCCUGUGCAAUUGCCAGCAUUCUUUAAGCAGUAAUGCCCCUGUACUUUGAGAUAACUGGAAGAAGAAUAAAUAUAGAAGUAAAUAAUAACACUGAUACAAUAAGCAAGAACUUAAUAACUGGCUGCAUAUUUUUGUAUUGCUACAGCAAUCUACUGAGUACCACAAAAUUCGAAACAGUUUCAUCAGAUUUCCAAAGAUUCAACAAGUGCCUGAAUUUCCCAGUUACAACAGAAAAAUGAUACUAUGGAUCUGACUCUGGUAACUGGCUUCUAAAGUUUCUCAUGGUGGUAGGGAUGUGUACUUUUAAAUGAAGUGUAGAAUGGUAGUUGUAUCCAUAAAAUCUUACAAUAACUUUGUUUGUUGUCUUCCAAAACUAAGAAAACAAGCCAAUUUACAAACUAAAUCUCUGUUCCACAAAGUGUUAAAUUCUAUUUUAAAAUUAUUGCAUCUAUGUCUACAAUGUGACAGUAAAAUUCACAUAAAGUUUUUUAAAGGGUAUGUACCAUAUUUUAAAAAACAGAUGAAGUGCCUCAUCUAAAUGUGUGUGCAACUGUGGCAAGUUUGGAAAUCUACAUGCUGCCAAUACUAUAUCUUCCACCACAGUUAUA